CACCCUCCUCAAGAUCCCGCCAAAAUGACCCACGACGCCGUUUGGUUCUCUCGCCCCCGCAAGUACGGAAAGGGGAGCCGUCAGUGCCGCCUCUGCGCGCACCAGGCUGGUCUUAUCCGCAAGUACGGCCUUGACCUCUGCCGUCAGUGCUUCCGCGAGAAGUCGGCUGCCAUCGGGUUCCACAAGACGCGAUGAUUGUCUUGCACCCUGUUGUCUCUUGUCCGUCUCGCAUUAUCGCUGCAUUCCGCUCUUAUCCCGCAUUCAAAAUACCUCUCGCUUGUAUGCAUGACUAUGAUAUGCUCAACAUGGCCAUCUUCUCAUGAGGAA